GUAUCUCGGUCGGGAGGAGCAGCCGGGAAUCGGCAGCUUCGCGUUUCACUACCUGCAGGAUUUUGCAGGGCAGCUGGUCCGCAGUGCCGUCCUGGUGAUGAUGCUCAUGGGCUUCCAAGACUGUCUGCAGGGGAAGCAGGCAUCUUUGCCACCUUUUGCACGCAUCCUGUUUGUCAUACUUUUCGGAUGUGUAUGCUUGCACAAGUUCGCCGUGCUGGCAGCAUCCUUACCACUUCACCGGCCGCCGCCGCGUUCAUUGCGCGCCCGACGCUUCUACACGGCUGAUCCACAACGUUUGGCUCGACAUGCCGCAGAGGCGUUGACUACUACUUGCAUGCUGGCGGUCUGGUACUUUCGCGGAGAGUUGCCUCUUCUCGCGUUUCUGCCCUUCGGCUUCGUCGGCCUGUGUCUGGUACUGAAGAUAUCUUCCGGUGUCUUGUCGUGGUCUUGCCUGUUCGGUCUGCUUAGAAACAUACUCUGGUGCGCGCUCGUACCCAUCUUUCUUCUUCGGCGGAUUGGAUCGCUACUAAUGGCACCUCGACUUGUCCGAGCCUGA